AUGUUGAGUGGAUGUCGUUUCGUUUUCUGCCGGAAUCCAAGUCUUACUAAGCUGUACCGAUUCAGGUGGGUUUCUGUUUUUGUUGGCAGGUUUAGUUUUUAGUCUUGAUCAAGUGGCCCUUUGCUUUGUUUGAGUUGUUGAUUAUUAUCUCUUCGAAACGUUUUCACUCACUUUGGCUAUUCAACAGCUAACAAGUAUAAUAUUUGCUUUUUCUUUGAGGUAUCCAGAGAAAUUCUUCAGUAUUGUGAUUACAAAAAUUAAUUUUUUAUUGACUAAUAAGUAUAAAUUUAGGUUUUGAGUAGCUAACUGUUGAAAAUUAUCUAACCGUCUUAAAAUAACAAGUUUUUGUUAUUGUAAGACAUCUUCGACAUUAAAAUUUAAUUUUGAUAACUAUAAUAAGAUAUUUAAACGAAUUCUGAACGUUCUACGUCUAAAGAACUUAAAUUACGCAUAUUCAGCCUAUAAUAUUUUAGAUCUAAUAAUAUAAAAUCUUGCUCAUUCAUUCCAUAAGGCCUCAUGGGCCUAAUUCUUUGGAAAACGAUGCCCCGCGGCCGAUUAGCAGCCUACCUGUUGGGCUCGGGCCUCUGCGGCUGCCUUCUGAUUAUCUUCGUCCUUCAAGUAGAUUUGGCCGACUCGUUUGCGUUGCGGUUCGUUGAAGAUUUGUAGUUGGGAUUAGUAGGCAUUUAUAGGGCUUCCUCCCUUGUCCGCUGGGCCUUGUAAUGUGUAGAAUUACAUUUCCUUUUGUUAUUAUAAUCGUCAUGUAUUUGUUGCUACUACACGAAUAACCUCACUAAAUAUGUAAUGCCUCGUCACGUUUUUCAUGAUAUGUUAGUUAGAUGUUGUUGUAAGAGUAAAAGGUUGGUAGGUUUGGCAAAAACUACUUUUUGGUUCUAUUGUCAUAAACUUUGGACUAUUUGUAACUCAUGAGUCAUAUUCUUUGUUUUGAAUGGAUUUUGAAAAAAUCGUCAAAACAGCAAACAGUAUUGUCUUCUAGUGGGAUUGUUUUGAGUCUUAGAACAUCUGGGUUACUAUUUAAAAAGUCUGAAACUUUAAUGUUAGUUGAAUAAUGAUUUCUAUUCGUUUUCUAACGUACUCCUUGUCUCAUGAUUUUCUGGUUCUCUUAAUUCAACAGGACCUCAUUUUAAUCAUUCCAUUUGUGAUUUUUUUGUAAAUAAUAAUAUUUCAUUUUAGGAAUUUGACCGUCGACCCGAAUCGCCGGUCCAGUUCGGUAUCGCUAGGUGAACGUCGUCAGACUAUAAGCGGUGGAAGUUCAAGCAAUAUGGCUCAGGGAAAGUACCAAGUUAUCGAAAAGGGCGCUUUGUACUCUUUGGAUUAUAGAUUAUAUUUUAGUAAGUUUUUUUAAUUACUUGUUUCUUGUUUUAGGUAAACUUAAUUUGAUCUCCUUUCUUUGGUGUUUCUUGUUUUUGACAUACUAUUUGACGUUUUGUGUUUUAGAGGGCCCUAAUGGUUUGAUCUCGCCAUGGCACGACAUUCCAUUGUACGCUGACCAAGCUAACAGCGUGUUUAACAUGAUUGUCGAGAUCCCAAGGUGGUCUAAUGCCAAGAUGGAGGUAAAAAUUAAAAUUUAUUUUUUUACUUUAAAGUUCAAACAAUCGUUUUUAGUGCGAGUUUGAUUGUUUAUGUUCCUUGCUAAUUUUAAUUCUUUAGAUUGCCACCAAGGACCCCUUGAAUCCCAUUAAGCAAGACGUAAAGAAAGGACUGCCAAGAUUCGUUCACAACAUCUUCCCCCACAAGGGAUACAUCUGGAAUUACGGAGCUUUGCCUCAAACUUGGGAAGAUCCAAAUCACAUUGACUCGAACACUGGAGCUGCUGGGGAUAACGAUCCAAUUGAUGUGCUGGAAAUUGGAGACAAGGUUUACCCAAGAGGCUCAGUAGUACCAGUCAAGGUACUUGGAGUUGUCGGACUGUUGGAUGAAGGCGAAACCGACUGGAAAUUGGUAACUAUUGCUGUUGAAGACCCAUUGGCCGCUCAGUUAAACAACAUCCAAGACGUCGAGAAAGUGAAGCCAGGUCUUUUGGCUGCUACUCACGAAUGGCUCACCGUUUACAAGAUUCCAACUGGAAAGCCAGCUAAUGCUUUCGCCUUCAAUGGAGAGUUCAAGGACAGAAACUUUGCUCUUACCGUGAUUGAGGAGACUCACAACUUCUGGAAGAAGUUCAUCGCCGAGUCAAAGCCAAGUCUCAACAGGUAAUUUAUUCAGUUUUUGUGUUACAUGUUAAACUUGUUUACUUUAAAUCUUUAAAAUGAUUUUUAUGCUUGUAACGUAUUGUUUUUAGCGAAUCUCACGUCCCCGAAGCUGCUCAUCAAGCUGACGACGCUAAGUGGAAGGAGAUCGUAGACAACAGUCCAGCUCCUCAACCUGAAAAGCCUCUUCCAGGAGAUGUGGACAAGUGGCACCACGUUUCCAAGAUCUAA